UUUUCAAAAAACAGAAAAGGGAAAAGGAUCAUGAAAUCGGCCCGGAAAAUCUCCUUUUUCCUCACGGAGACGGGUCGCCAGGUAGUUUUCUAUGGUGCUACCACCGUCGCCAUAGGUCUGUUCGUCGGGCACUACUGUCCCCAGACACUCUGCAUUUCGUACUACAAAGAUUUCAUCCAGGCGUACAAAGAUGGCGAGGAACGCAAACUGUCCGAGAAGCUACAGUAUCGUUACCGACGAGCGAUCAGCCUGCUGAAUCUGAACGAGUUCGAGAAGAAGUUCAUCACACCGUUCGCCGUGUACGGGUUCGAUGUGUUCAACGUGGGCUCGUUCAAGUCCCGGUUUGGAGCGUACGUCGGUAUACCGACCAACUACGAGUACGAUAGUGUCGAUCAGAUCGAUCGCACCGACAUCAAGAUCCGCAACCAGCCGAUCGACUGGGAGUCGGAGGGUGGCAAAACCCUUGAACAAGCGCUGGUGUUAACCGAGGAUGAGCAGGUCUUUGGAAUCGCACGUGAAAUGCUCACGAUGCGAACCCACAAACCACUGAUUCAGUCCAUCAUCCCGACGGUAACGUGGAUCUUCACGUACAGUCUCGGUUCCCAGCUAAACGAGCGCUGCAACUUCUACGCCCGACCACGCAGCCUCCGCUUCGCCCUGUACACCAUCUGUGGUCUGUUCGGAUUCGGUCUUUACUCCUUCUCCACGGAUAUGACGGAAAUCUACUACGAAACGGACGUGGAUAAGCAGAUGGCACGGCUUGGGGCGGAUGUGGUCGAUGCGGGAGCCCGGUUUUACGAUAAGGUGCUGAAGAAGAACGUUGCCAUCCGGCAGCUGACGGGCGAUGAUUACUACACGGUCAAGGGCAACGUAAACUAUCUGCUCCGCCAGAAGUCGGCACCGUUGACGCUGCGGAAGGAGUUCUUCCAAAAGGGCUACAAGGACUUUGUUGGCGAAGUGCAGGAAGACGAGCGCGAAAGUGUGAUGUGAUCACAUGGAAGGAAUAAAAAAUAGAAAAUAUUAGGCUACUACUUUUCC